AAAAAAUACUUUUACACGUACUAAUUAAUAUAGUGAUCCAGCAGACGACGCCAUUUCGAGGUUAUUUGAAGCAAUUAAAGAUUGUAAACUUUUAUUAACGUCUAUUUGCUAAUCUAUAAAGAACAUAACUACUAAAUAAUGGCACGUUUAAUAAGACAAAUUACAAAAAACACGGUAAAAACAUUACUGUUUGUUCACGAGACAACAUUUAUAAGCAUGUUGAAAUCAAAAAAUUCUGUACGGCAAAUUGCCGUCACACAUUAUUACAAAUCUGAAAGAAAAUAUACGGAUAAACACGAAUGGAUGAUGCUAAAUGGAAAUAUUGGUACAGUAGGUAUUUCAAAUUAUGCACAAGAUGCAUUAGGAGAUGUGGUUUAUGCACAGUUACCUGAUGUUGGAUCAGUCGUCGAAAAAGAAGGUGAAUGCGGUGCUCUAGAAUCAGUGAAAGCUGCUUCUGAAAUUAUGAGUCCGUGUAGUGGCAGAAUUAUAGAAAAGAACAAGGCUGUGGAGAAUAAACCUGGACUCAUCAAUUCAUCUUGUUACGAUAAGGGAUGGUUAUUUAAGAUCGAAUUGAGUAACCUAGACGAGCUAAAAACUCUUAUGGACGAGGAUGCUUACAAUCAAUAUCUCAAAUCUGAUCUUCAUUAAGAAUAGUAUCUUCACACGAAAAAGCAUGCAUAAUAAUGUCGGAUAUUUCAGUCCCAAAAACUUCUAUUUUUACAUAGAUAAAUCUUCAUUCAAGGAAGAGAGAGAGAGA